GCUCGACAGCGGGCACCGCGUCAUCUUGCAAGGCAGUGGGCACGAAGUCACCAGGCACAACAGUGGGCUCUGAGUCAAUUGGCACGACAGCGGGCACCAGGUCAUCAGGUACCGGAUCGUCUGGCUCGACAGCAGGCACCGGGUCAUCUGGCGCUGGAUCGCCUGGCUCUGACAGCGGGCAUCGGGUCACCAGGCAUGACAGCGGGCACCGGGUCAUCAGACAUUGGAUUGUCUGGCUCGACAGCGGGCAUCGGGUCAUCAGGUACCGGAUCGUCUGGAUCGACAUCGGGCACCGGGUCAUCUGACGUUGGAUCGUCAUCUGGCUCGACAGCGGGCAUCGGGGGCAUCACCAGGCAUGACAGCAGGCACUGGGUCAUCAGGUACCGGAUUGUCUGGAUCGACAGCAGGCACCGGGUCAUCUGGCGCUGGAUCGUCUGGCUCGACAGCGGGCAUCGGGUCACCAGGCAUGACAGCGGGCACUGGGUCAUCAGGUAUGACAGCGGGCACCGGGUCAUCAUGUACCGGAUCGUCUGGCUCCACAGCGGGCAUCGGGUCACCAGGCAUGACAGCGGGCACUGGGUCAUCAGGCAUUGGAUCGUCUGGCUCGACAGCGGGCAUCGGGUCACCAGGUAUGAUAGCGGGCACCGGGUCAUCAGGCGUGAUAGGAUCAUCAGGCUGGAUCAG